AAAUUUCCCAUAGAUGCAUAAAAAUUCGCAGUCUAAUGAUAAAAAAUCUUCAUUGUUAACCAUGCGCAUUUAAGUUAACAAUAAAUACGAUGUUACACAAGAUUUAUGAAAUAUUAUUUAUUUUAAGAUAUGAAAAUGUAUACGCAUGAUUCAAGGAAAUAUGGCUAUAUAUAUCCAUAAAAAACUGUAACAUUCCUACAAAACUCUCGAAUUAUGUUCGACAUAUUAAUUCCUUCAUAUGAUUGUACUAUGUAGAUACACAUAUAAGAAUCAAUAUAUGAAGAAUUAAGAUUUUUAUAUACAAAAACAACUAUCAGUUGAUUAAUUAAGAGUUGUUAAAUUCGCACGCUCGUUAAAUUAAGCUUUUCAUUCAGCAAAUAUAAAUGAUAUGAUUAUUAUAUAAUAAAAUAAAUCUUAUUAAACUAGAAGCAAAUUUGUUCGGACAUACUACUUGGAAACGGAAAACAGGACAUACUAUAUAAUUCAAUAGCCUUAAGCAUAUAAUUGUUAUAUUAUCUGCUUCUUAUAUUUCAUGGAAUAAUCAAACAUUCUUCCGCUUUUAGAAGUUUGUUCGAACAUGUACCAUUUAUAGGAUUGAAUUUGGAAAAAAUUAUCGAUAAAAUUUCCGCCUAUAAACACUUCCGUCUAAUAUUAUGAUAUGUAUGUCUCAUCUCCAUAUUUUUACCCUUCACGGGUAAAUCUUCACAGAACAGCUGUUCAUUGAAGAUGUUUACUAUUACUUUGGGAUAUGUUGAAAGUUUGGCUUCUGUCAACUUCUAAUUAUUUUCUAGCAAGUAUCAUGGCUCAAUGUAAGUUAACCCCUCGUGAGUUUAUAAGCAAUGCCUUUUCACCACAAAUCGCUGCGAUAUGUUCAACUGCAGCUGAUGCUGUAUGUCAAAAAAACAAUUUAUCAUUCGUUGAACUUCUACAACCGUUUUGUAAGCUAAAUACUGAAGGUCAUUUUAAAGACCCGCAAGGAAAUACUAUUAGUGUUAGAAAUCUUCGUCUUUUUAUACAAGAUGUUAAUGCGCAACCUCCAGAACCAAGUAUUGCCAGAAAAAUGUUAAAUGAAGCAGUUAGUUCAGCCAUGUGUGAACAUACAACUACUGUUCAAAUUGGAACAACAGAGCUUGAUAUACCAGUAUCGGUUCCUUGGUUUGAAGCAUGGAGAGAAAUGUUUUUAAGUGUUCAAUUUCCAUCGGAUCAUGAAUUCACAAAACAUUUUCUUGCUUGUAUGAUAAUAGUUUCCACAGUAGAGGACAAUCCUUUAGAGAAGAUACAAAAUAUGGGUGCCCAAUUACAUCAAAAUAUACCUGGAAAAUUGCCAAAAUGGUUUAAUAACAAUACACUAAGAUAUUAUAUCUUAGUACAUGAUACUUUACAAGAUGACAGGAACAAGGCUGAAAAAGUUUUUACGGAUAUGAAGAAUAUUUAUGGUGUUAAUAAUUGUUUUUUAUUACAAAUGAAUUCAAGACCACCAGGUCAAAUUGAUGAUAAUACUCAUUUACCAGAUCCUUGGAGUCAAUUUUUAGUAAAACAUUCAGAAGUAUUAGGAGGUAGUGAACAGAAUAGUUCUCCUCGCACACCUGUAGAUACUAGUGGUGUUUCUUCUAUGCCAAAUGAAGUUACAACAGAUACUGAAAAAACAAGCCAGGCUGGAACACCAAUAGCUCCACAGAAUUCUGUAUUGGUUUCUCCAGAUUUAAAUGACACUAUUAGUUUCUCUUCUGAAAUAUCCGAAUCAACAAGUACACAUUUAGAAGUUGGUCAGGAAGCUGUUUCUGUUACAAUUCAUCCUUUAAGUCCAACAGCUGACAAGUCAAGAAGUUCUGUGUUGCACGGAAAGGGACAAAUAAUCACUGAUACUCCAAUAAAUAUAAAUGUUUGGGCAGAUUCUCCUAGUUACGUAGCAACACAACAUGGUGCUAGAUUAUCUACGCAAGAUCUUGAAAGAGUACGAGCAUUAAUAACAGAAUUUUGUUUAAAAUGUUUGUUACCAUAUGUAGAAAAACAAAUUGGUUUGCUAAAUGAUGUAAUUUCAAAUAAAAAGGGAGUCAGUAGAUCGCUUUUUAGUGCUACAAGACGAUGGUUUGGAACAAAUAAACCUGGAAUACCGGGACCUACUCCAUCAAAUGCUGUAAUUUAUACAACAGAAUCACCAGAAUUGCAAUUGCGUCGCUUAGGUGACUUAUGUUUUAUGUUUGGUCACUAUUCACUUGCUUACCAAACAUAUCAUAGCGCAAAAAGAGAUUUUGCAGCAGAUCAAGCUUGGCUCUAUUAUGCAGGUGCUCUUGAAAUGGCUGCUUUAAGUGCAUUUAUGCAAGGUGAAACUAAUAGGAAGACUAUCGAAUAUAUGGAUGAUGCAAUAUUGACCUAUUCGACUAGUUGUAAAAUGCCCCAAUUUGCAACAAGAGCAACAUUGCUCAGUGCAGAAUGUUUGAAAGGUAAAAGCUUAUACGGAGAGGCUGCUAAACAAUUGAUUCGCAUGACCAGUGAAGAUUCGGAUUUACGUUCUGCACUCUUGUUGGAACAAGCUGCUUAUUGUUUUAUUGGGCCAAAGAUGAUGCGCAAGUACGCAUUCCAUGCUGUUCUUGCUGGUCAUCGUUUUUCAAAAGCAGGUCAACGAAAACAUUCAUUGCGAUGUUAUCAACAAGCUUACCAGGUAUAUAGUGGAAGAGGUUGGUCAUUGGCAGAAGAUCACAUACAUUUUACAAUUGGUAGACAAGCAGCAUCAUUAAAACAAGUUAGUGAAGCAGUUAAAGCAUUUGAGAAAUUACUAAAUGUUUCCAGUAAACAACCAGCUUCACAACAAGCUGCAUUUUUACGUGAAUUUUUACAUAUCCACAAUGAAGGUUUAUCGAAUUCUCAAGAGCUUCCUAUCUUGCCUUUACCAUUAAUAGAUAGUAAUGACAUUAAAGUAUUUUAUGGUCCCAUAGCUAAAUCACAUGAAAAUAAUAUUCCUGCGAGUCAUGUUUCAUUUGAUACUGAAGAAUGUGAUGAUGUAAGAUGGGCAAGAAUGGAAGAAAUGUUAAUUACAGAAGCUCAGGGAUCUCCUCCUAUGAUAUUCAAACCUACAGUUGCGCUAUAUUCUAAGACAAGUAAUAACAGUGUAAAACCAAAUGCAGUUUUGAACGAACCAGUGCAUUUUUUCAUUGAAUUAUGUAAUCCAUUACAUAUACCGCUGCCAUUGUCUAAUGUGACUUUAUUAUGGUCAUUUACUUCGGCCAAUGGACAAGUUACAAAUGAAACGAGAUCACCAGAGAAUUUAACGCUAGUGGAAGCACAAGUGAUCGAAAAAAUUGUUUUACAACCAACAUCUAAACAAAAUGUUACACUGUGUCUUAUACCAAAAGAAGUAGGAGAAUUAAAAACAUUAGGUUUGAGUUAUGAUUUAUCUAAUCCGACUCAUGUAGUAGAUCCACCAGUUGUUAAUCCGACAAUAGCUAUUACUGGGAAAAGAUUGUUUGAAAUUAGGGGACCUAGAUUAAAAAAUAUUAAAGAGAAACCUGGUACAAAUAUGUAUGGUGUAGAUUAUAGAUUAGAAAUGAAUAUUAUCGAAAAAGCUCCAUUUAUGCAGAUUUUCUUUAGCAAACUCUCUGCAGAAAUGCUAUGUGGUGAAAUUCAAAAAAUAGAUAUAACAUUGAAAAAUGUGGGUAAUUCGCCUUUGUCAAACAUUUACUUGGCAUCUACAGAUGCAAAACUUUUCUCGUUAGGAGAUGAAUACGUAGAUAUACAAGAAAAACAUAUGACAAAGAGAAACAAUAGGCUCAUAUUAAAGAUUCCAUUAUCUUCCACUAACGAUAUAUUGAAUGUUGGAGAAACGCAUAUAAUACCAUUUUGGAUUCGAGCACCACAUGAAAAAGGAAUUCAUUGUUUAGAUUUACUUUUUUAUUACGAAAAUACUGAUUUAAGAAGCGUGAUAAAACACCGACUUUGUAGACACACCUGGCAUUUUACAGUUUUAGAUUCCAUACAAAUUAGCGCGAUUGCUUCGAGAAGUGUAUUAUUUAAGGAUGUUUCACCUACAUUAAACUUAAUAAUUUGCAUUAAAAAUGCAAAUCAAAUUCAUGACUUAAUCACAAGUGAAAUUUUGUUGUCCAAAGUAUUGUUCGAAAGUGAUACAUGGUCUAUAUUUAGUUCAUCGGUUUUGUCAACAAAUGUUAAGAUACAGUUUCAAGAAAUGUUCCAUUUAAUGUUAAAGCUAAGAAAAAAGGACAAAAAUGAGUCGAAGUUUUCUGAUGUAUCUUUAACUCAAGAAAACGAACGUAUUGAUUCAGAUGCAAAUUAUCCGUACAUCAAUUUCAUACAAAGAAAGGAUAUUCCAUCAUUAGACAUCAAUGAAAACAUAGCUGAAGUACAGCAAUCUCAACGAUUACCACAAAGUGAUGAACAGAAGUCCUUAUCUGCUACUAUGGCACUAAAUUCUACUUUAAUUCUCAAAUGGCGAGCGAGAAUUGUUGAAAAUGGAAUUAUUACGAGGCAAGCAAUUGGUCAACAUCAUCUCGAUAUACAAUAUUUAAGUAAAACGUAUAAACACCCCAAAGAAGUUCAAGUUGAAUCAAACGAAUAUGCUGGACGUUUGAAGAUCUUUGGUCCAGAUAGAAACGUACUUGAUUCUUUGGCUGUGACUAAUAAGGAACAAGCAUCGGAAACAGAAUUUUUGAAAAAUAUGAUUUCAUUUUCUUUGAGUCAUGAUAGAGAGAUCACACAUAAUUUUAAUGAAAAUCGACUGUGUUUUAUUCCGGUAAUAAUGUAUAUACAAAAUCAUUUAGAAUCACAGAUUGAUAUUAAAAUCAAUACAAUAGGUACUAGCAGUGAAAGUCAUUUGCCAAAUAUAAAGUCACAGUUGUAUUCUCCGCAAGCUUCUGCGUACUACAGAUAUGCUUGUCAUUCAGCAAUUUGUUCUCACGUAGAGCCAUUGACCAGCAGUACCGUAAACUUACAGGCUGUACUUCCAGCUCCUGGAACGUAUGAUCUAGCAGCGCGUGUAGAAGUUUCUGCAAGGGUUGUAAAUACUAGAGAAUUCAUCUUGCAGAAGUGGAAAAUGGAAAGCAUAUGUAUUAUUAACGGUGAUAGUAAAUAAUUUAAAAAUAUAGAAAUAUUAUUAUUAAUACAAUCAAUACUACUAUUACUGUUAUUAAAUUUAGUGUAAUAAAUUUUGUUUAUCUAAUUUAAAAUCCGUACUAUGUAAAUAUAUAGUAAACAUUUAAUUGUCGUUGUGACAUUUUUGUGAAGCUGAGACAUGUAUUAUUUUAAAUGUAUCUCAUUGUUUAAAGUGUAGAACUAUAAAUCUUGUUAAGUAUACAAAUUGCUUAUUACAGAAUACACACUAAUUGCUGAAUCCUGAUGAAAUAAUAAUCUGUGAAAAGAAUUUUGUAAAUUACAUUCUUAUAAAUUAAUACAUUGAACACAUUAAAUAUAAAAAUAUACUCAGUUGUAAUUUUUCGCGUAAAUGUUGAAACUGUAACAGGAAUAUUGUAACAUAUUUUUUGCACCAGCAUUUCAUAUUUUUUAAAUCAAAAUAAAGAGAAAACUGUAUAGACUUGUAGCCGCGGAAUCCUGUAACAGAUAAAUGAUUAUAUUAUAAAUAAACGAUACCUUUCUUACAAUAAAAGUUAAAUCGUCCUUGUACGAGAACAUAUAAUAACAUGUCUUAAUAAGUCUAUAAAAUAAUACUGUAAUUAAACCACUGAAAUAAAUGUUUAAACAAUAAUCAUA